UCGCCGCUGUGUGUAAUCCAUAGCCAUAUGAACGAUUCCAGUGUCGUGAAUGGACUAAGUUCACGAGGCAAAUAUAUCUAGGCCCACACCCGUUUUUGUUUCCUUUUGCUGUUAUUUUUUGUACCUUCUCCUGACCCUGGUCACAUCUCGAGUUGGUCCUCUGUUACAUCUGGAUCGGUUGUGAUUCUUCCGCCAUUCUGCUGGGACCAUGGCAGAGACUGAGAGAAGAGCGACCGACGAUGAACAAUUCUAUAUGUCCAUUGCGGCAAUAGUAGCCAAUAAAUCGAAACUGACAGAAAAAGUUGGCGCAGUGUUGGUAAACGAUAAAAGGAAAAUCGUUGGCUACGGUUAUAACGGAUCGCCACUUAACAAGCCCACUCCUGGACCCAUUGUGGUGGACGCGCACACGAAUGCCAUUCUUUUCGCGACUGCGCCUCUUGAAGGUACCACUAUGUACACGACACAGCUGCCGAACGCAGCGGCUGCUGCGCAUAUAGUACAAGCUGAGAUCAAAGAAAUUAAAUAUCUUCAUCAUCAAGACAGAGUGGAUCAAUCGUCUUCUCCAGAUAUCGGCGAAAUACUUCGCGGUCAAGUACAUGUUACUAAGCUUGGUCUACAGAAUCAGCAGAUUACCAUUAAUUUUGCUGACUUCGGGCGUGUCGAGCCGGAUGAAGUGAGGGCACAACCGCAGGAAUAGGAUAGAAAGUAGGCUGCGGCAAAACAAAGAAAUUAAUGAAAUAGAUAAAUGCGGCUAUUAAAAACAGAAUAUAUAAACAUAAGUGGUGCGUGAAUGUUACAUGUAGGCAAUAAUUGAUAAAGACUAGUCUUUAAUUAAUUCUUGAUGUAGGUAAAUUAUUUAGCUGUGCAGAUUUCAUCUAGGAUAUAAUAGUGGUCCAUUUCACGAAAAAAAUGGCACUCUGUGUUUUGGUUGUUUCGUACAGAAAAUGAAAUAUCUGAUAAAAAUGUAUAGUUUCAUCUGAAAAUCAGAUAUUAAGGCAUUUUCUCUACGUUUAUCUCAUAAUUACAAUAAACAGUCCUCAAAUCGACACUUACAGAAAAGUCAUGUGUGUAAAACCAAAUACUCUAUUCUUCAAAUUUAUCUGUCCCACUACCGAACAUGGCAAAAUAAUGACAAAGUCCGAAGUAGGCCUAUUUUGAUGGGGAGAGCUCAAGUCAUAGAAGGGCCUAAGUGACAUCAACAAAUGUAAUACAAGUUGGACGUUGUGGUGUAGUAGGCUUAGACCGCGAGUGUCUAGGUUGUGGUUUGAGGUCAGAUUUGUCAAGGCGAGGUUACUUUGGAUUAACUUUUUGCUUUGCAUUUUGGAUUUUUGUGGUGAUUUCGAUGGACAAUGAUGACGAUGGGGCGGCGGAUGAGCAGGCAGGAUAAGAAAGGAGGCAUCUGUAUGGUUACAGCUUAAAUCAGCAGCUGGGCUUCGUUGACACAUUCAGGCUGCACCAUGCGAUCGGCAUCGACCAUGCCCGGUCUACAUGCGUUUAUUUGCGAACCGUUUUCGUAUCCACUCACGAACUUUCUCUAGAUGGGUAGAUGAAUACGAGGAAAUGGCAGAAAGGCGUUAUCGAUGCGCACACGAUGAGAGAAUACGACGCAGAAUUUGGCAGCAUGGCUAUAAUGAACAAGGUACCUCAGUUUUUUGUCAGGAAUUUGCAGAAAGCGUUUACCCUCAAGUGGAGUAAAAUAUCAUUGUGAGCUGUUUUAAGUCGGUGACAUUUUCGAGAUUUUUGUUUGAAUAAUUUUGACCCAGGUACCUGUAGUUAAUUCUUAAAGUUGUUAACUGCAUGCACAAAACUAGAGAAUCCCAUGCGGCAAUAGUAGUGAGUUUCCGCAUCACUUACGAUUACGAUUACGAUUACGAUUUCAAAGUCGUAAUCGUAAUACUCUCAAAACCGGUGUAGAAGUUUAAAAUGUCCUAGGAUAAAAUGUCCGGGAACAAAGGAUUCUAUUAUGCGCUUCAAUCUCUGAGCUAUUGUUGGUCAGGGUCUCUAUAGAACCAUAUUGCAGAAUACAAUAGGGCCGGACACUUUUUCCAGGGGGGACACUUUUUACUUUUACACCGGCAUGAACCAGAAAUUUUGUUUCCGCAUUCACACCAACGACUUGGUGUACUGUAGUAUAGGCACUAUACUCAGCUCUCAUGCUCUGGGUGCACUUUUCUCGGCGCUAAAACAUGAUCAAAAUCGCCGUUGAUCAAAUUAAAUGCAGUUCCUACGUUUGACAGAUAUGUUCUAAAGUGUUCUUCAAUGAAUAUUUCACCUUGAAUUUGAUAUGUAGCGUGGAAAAUAGGCUUUUCGCUAAUCCACGUAAUCGUUUUUCGACUUACGAAGAUCAGCCGGAAUCCUCGUGAGAACGAGACGAAAGUACCAUCGACGAUUUCGCUGGGGAUGACGUAGCACCAAAAAUCGAUGACGUCAAACACAAAUCGUAAUCGUAAUCGUAAUCGUAAGCGAU